CCCCUCCCCCGCCUCUCCAACCCCCGGACCAUGUCUCGUCCCUGCUAGGACCCUAGUGUACCUCCCCUUCUCCGCCGCCCACGCCACUUGAUUUCUCCGGACUCUGCGCGCCAAGAUGUCCGUCCUCCGCCAUCAUGGGAGUGCCUACCUCCAACGGCGUCUCACCAAAAUGUACACCGACACGAAGACCUCCUGUGAGAGUGUCACCACGGCUUCCAUUGCAGUCGAUGAUCCCGAAUUGGUAACGCUGCAUCGAAGUUUCAAGACGCAAAGGGACCGCCUGUUAGCCUGGGGCCUCGACUGGAGCGAUGCCAGUGCCGCCCAGCCCAAUGAUAUCGACGAAUCGAUCACGCAAGCCGGCUACAGCGAUGUGGUGGCGAGUGUCAUGUCCUCGAUCCAAGUGCUCCUCAACGAGGCGGAACGUAUCCAGCACGGCGGCUCCGAUCUGCCUCCGAAGGGCGCUGGUGCCGACUCUCCCAAGGGCGGCCUCAGCAACCUUCCAGUCAAGUCGCACUGGACCAGUGAGGAGAUCAGUCGCUCCAAGACUCUGCUUUCCGAUCUUGAGUCCUGCAUCGACACGCUGUACGACCUGUCUCGCUCUCGACGCAAUAUGAGUGCCAGCAUGACAGCUGGGGGCCAGUCGGCCACCAAGGGCCGAUCCCAGCCUGGCGCAACCACCGAUUAUUCCAUCCUGGACUCCAAAGCCUAUCAUGCUGCAUCGUUCGACAGUCCGCUGGCGCCGUCUCCCACGCGCAAUGCUGCGGCAUUUAGCCAGGCCAGGUCCGAGAAGAUGCCAUUUGGCAAGAUCUCCUUAACCGUCGACAAUUAUGCCAUUGAUCGCUCGGCACUACAGCUGUCCGGCUCAUCUCAUGACAACAACCCGCCUCCCUAUGAGCAGGUGGCUGCUUCCAUCAACUCUCGGGCCAUUGGUCGCAUGAGGACCUCGGCGUCCCCUUUCCUCCACGGCUCUAAAGACUCGGUGGCAACCAUUCUAGUCGACUACACUCCAAUGGUGCUGGAAGCAUCGGGGGCUGCCACCACGCCGGAGAAGAAACGACUCGAUCACGUGCAGCAGACGCUCGAGCAGCUCGUCCAGAAUGCGCGCGUGUCUCAUCUGGGGCUGUUGAAACUCUUGGGCUAUUAUAUCGACAUGCCCAAUUCGCGAUAUGCCUUCGUCUACCAAAUGCCGGUGGAUUACUUUCCGUUCCUUCGUAACCCCUCAGACCUUCUGAAUGGGUUGAAACCUAAGCCCCUCGUCUCUCUCUUCCAGGCCGGGGACGACUAUCAUAUUCCUAAUCUAGAGACUCGCUUUCGCCUGGCUUAUGACCUUUUGAUGGCGGUUCUGCAGCUAAGAAGCCAAAACCUGGUGCAUGGCAACAUAAACAGCAGCAACGUCCUGAUCUUCCCCGGAUUAACGAACUCGAAUAGCGAUGAAGUUGGACUGACAGAGAACCUGCGCCGCCCAUACUUGACAUCGUUUGCUCAGUUCUCGGGAAAUGGACCGUCACCCGAGCCACUGUCUUCCAGCAUGUACCGCCAUCCGGAUGAUAAACGAUCGAUGGAUGACGAUGCUGCCUGGGCGUAUGACCUCUACUCACUUGGCCUAGUGCUACUUGAGAUUGGGCUUUGGAAUCCCAUCAGCCGUAUAUGGAAGAUGAAGUACAACAAUUCGAUGUUCAAGCAAAGGAUCGAGAAUGUCUACUUGCAGAAGCUAGGCCCCAAGUGUGGCAGCGCGUAUCUCCAUGUGGUGCAGCUGUGCUUGGAUGCGCCAAACUUUCAUCUCUCGACGCAGCCGUUCGACGACCUCAACCUUCGUGUCCCCCAGGCUUUUCAUUAUCCAGUCCUAGACCUCUCAGCGCCCGACAGUAUCUUUUCAUUCUCGAUGAAUUUCCUCUACACAAUGUGCAAGAUCGUUUGGUCCUGCUGCAGGAUAGACAUGUUCUCUGCCCCCGGCGCUGAAGAGCUGGAUGACUGUCUUCCCCUUGCUCUCGUCCCUGGUCUGGAACCCGCGCCUAUGAAAGAAGCUCCGCGUGAGUACAAGCCUGCCAUGGAGCCUAUCGUACCUUUCCAGGAGCCAAUUGCGACGUUGCCCACUCCUGAAAUGAAGAUGCUGCGGGACAAAAUUAUCGUGGAGGAGCGCAGGGUGCGAAAGCGAACCUGCAAAAAGCUGUCGGGCCUGGAGAUACCCAACGACCAUCUCAAUAAAUGGAACUUUCAGAUGCUACCGCGUUUGAGAAAGCUCCUACAGAAGAUCUUGAAGGACUCCUCUGAAUCGUGCAGCGUUACACUAAUGAUGACUGGCGACACUGUUGACAAUGCCCGGACAACAGUCUGUGUCACCUGUGCGAGUGCAAAGAAGGUCCGGGCAGCCCUGAAAAAGUACUUUCCUCUCGAAAGCGAGGACUGGGAUCUUCUUGUCCUUCGCGGAGAUGUACAGAGAUCUAAAGUUCCACGAAAGAAACGCCGCAGGCCGGCGAUGACGGGACCAGACAAUGCAGGAGCGCCGGCGUUCGUCCAGCACGAUCCGAAUCCUUGCUAUCAGGAACGGCCUAUCUGCGGCGCAUCGAUAGGCGCCUUUAUGAAUGAAGAGCACUUACCUCCUGUGUCUUAUGGCGGAGCUAUCCUAGUUGACGGUAUGCCGUAUGGCAUGACCGUGCAUCAUAUGCUGGAGUCACCGAGUGACCAGGAAGAUGCAGACGACCAAGAUACUAGUGGCCCUUUACGGUCUGCUGCGAAUUGGCCCCAGGAUACACCAGCACCUCAAAACCUAGAGUACAUGUACUCCUGGUCGGACGAGGGCCCGUUGGACCCUGCAUCGGAUCUUGAAUUCGAGGUUUCAGAAGACGAAGAUGGGGACGAUAUAUCCCUAUCGCCAAGUCUAGACGGGACUUUCGAGGACUCCUAUCUUUCAGAUGGCUACUCCUCCGAUGAAGACGGUCCCAAUGCUGACGCAGCAUACGAGGACGAGGAUGCAGCAUCAAUAGGCGAUACCCCCGGGAUUGACCCCGGAGACGAUCCCUUGCUGUACGUAACACAGCCAGCUAUCGAUGACGUCGAUGAGAACUUCUUUCCGUGCCCUGAAGAUCGCGAUGACGAGCAUCUUGCAUCUCACUCAUUUGGAUACGUGCACGCAUCUUCUGGCGUUCGGCGCUGGACACGAAAGGGGAUAAGACACGAGAUUGACUGGGCACUGAUCAAGAUCAACGACGAGCGCAUCGAUGGGCGCAACAUUGUCUACGACAGAACGGCUGUAACUAGACGGGACCCUUACAGACAAAGACGCGGCGAGCAGGCGCGCAUGCCGCAGCCAGAGACAAUCUAUCUUACCAAUAUCUGCCGGUUGGAAGACCUGGGUGGCCUUCAGGUUCAUUGCUGUGGUCGAACCAGUGGCCUGCAAACCGGCCAGAUAUCCAAGGCCAUGACAUUAGUCAAACUGCAUGGUCGACAAACCUUCUCGACCAGCUUCUGUGUUGACGGAAACUUCGGAGUCCCCGGCGACUCAGGAGCAUGGGUCUUCGAGAAGUCAAGCGGUCGUGUGUGCGGCCACGUCCUCGCCUGGUCCGACAAGACCCGCACAGCCUACAUUGCCCCCAUGGAAAUCCUCCUCGAAGAUAUCGCUCGCUCCCUGAAUGCCAACUACAUCGGUCUCCCCGGCAGUCCUGACGAAUCGUCCUCUCGCGCCUACUCCAUGCACCCUCGUCCGGCCCCAUCAAUGAUGGACCCCCACUACCAAAACCCAUCAUACCACACCCCUCGUCCUCUCCGCGGCCAACUUCCCGUGGACAUCAACCACCUCCGUAUCGAUGACUCAAACAUGGGCCCAGUCAACACCAGUCGCGGUCUGCGAGAGGUGUCGACCCCAUACCGAGGCAUGCCGCCUAUCCUGACACACCCGAGAAGUCUGGAAAGACAACUUGCUUGAUCCGCUUGCGUGGAAGGGUCGCAUGUCUUUCCGUCUCUCCACAUACAUCACUAUCUUUCCCCCGACAUUCCUUAAUGGCCAUUUAUCCCCAUAUACCCACUCCGUCCCUUUGGCAUGUUUCCUAUGAUGAUUUCUCUUAUUUUUUUGAAUGAGUGGAUAAGACAUAAUACCCCCUUUUGUAUCUGUUUUCGGUGUUUUGCUCUGAUUCCCAAGGCCGCCAUAGGUGUUGACUAGUUAUUUCUAUCUUAUUUAUACACACGGUUCGUGUUUCCUAUCUCUUGGGAAUUUUGGAUGCAACUAUGUGGCUCUAUAUCCCUAGCUAGCCCUACUGCUAUAUACCAACUAACCUUCUAUCUCAGUGGAUACUUAGCAUUCAUUACUUUUGUCCUCUAUGAAUCUCUUAGCUCUUUUACAUAAUUCAGCCAUUUACUUGUCAUACGGUAUUGAAUACCAGAAGCAAUACGAUAUGUUCUUG